AUGUUCUACAUCAGUGCCUCCCCUCGAGUUGUUGCUCUGCGCCGGAUGAGUCCAUUGCAAUAUCAGUGGGGAAAACGGGGAAACAUCAUGGGUUAUUGCAAGAAUCUUGACGACGAUAAUCAACCUUGGAGGGUCAUUCUUGCUGACCUUGAAUAUGCAAAAAAAUUUCCACCUGGAGAGGACUAUUUGCCAUCGCUGGAUCCCAAAACUGGUACACCGUAUUUCAUGCCCGUCGAGAUUAUGACGAUGAUGACACUCUUUUCUGGCAAUGUUUGUCGGGAACUAGUGGCGUCCAGCACCAAUAAAAGCAGCGCUGGUGGUUGUACAGGUAUAUUUGAAUCUUCGUCUUCAGUUUCACAGGAGGAAGACAUAUACCUCCGCGCGCAGAGGAAAAGACAAGCAGCACGGGAAAAGAAAGAGAAAGAGAAAGACGUUGAACGCCCUAAAGGCGUCGCUCAUAACUUCCAGCACGACCUCGAGUCCACUUGGAGGCUCGUACUUUGGUUGAUAACUUCUCGCACUGGAGACAAACCUGCCCAAGAAUAUAGCCGACAGAUCUUUCAGAAUACCAUGCAGUUCGUCCCCGAACGAUGGCAGGCGGUAAUUUGCGAAAUCGAAGAAGAACUCAGGAAAUGUAUGGGUCCCCUGGGCGAUUAUUUUGCGGGACAGCUGGAAGAUCUACGAAGUGCGAUGCUCCUCACCUACAUAGAGCGAGAGCGCGAUGACAAAACGAAGGAAGUUUCCUCCUAUGUGCCGAUCUCUCAAGCCUUCCGGACUUUCUUCCAGGAUAUUGAAAAGACUAAAGAUAUUUGGGCGAAUAUUCCGUUGAUCGCUCAAAACCAUUACAUUGAUCCAGCUGAACGCAAGCGACCCCGUCCGGAUGACGACGAAGGCUUUCCGGGGCUCAUUGACGACGGAGCAGAACCCAAGAUGAAGUUGCCUAAAACAUGA